AUGCAGCAAAUUGCGGUGAUUCGACAUGGCAGCAGAUCGUCUCCCUCAAACGAGAACAAUGCGAACCGUGACAUACAGCCUCAGGGCAUUGCCCGCGAGUCCUACAGGUCCCCAGGGUCGGCACCGGACAAUCACAAAUCGAAGGUGGGCAUACGAAAAGGCAAUGGUGAAGUCGAUGCAAAGCAAGCUUCAGUCCCUAGCAAGUGGAAAUUCAGCUUGACAUGGCUUUUCACUGACAGCUCGGGGACUUCUGACCCGACGACACGGCAGGAGAGCAAGAUAUGGUAUCGCGUUCCAAUCCAUCCAUUUUCUCCCUUCAUGAAAGCAUGGGAGUUUGUCUCUGGUUGCCUGUUGCUGUACACUACCACCGCCACCCCCUUCAUCAUAGCGUUCUACUCAGAGCAAGAGGGGUACUGCCAGCACUCCUCCACGAUUGAGCUCGACAUGCUUGUGGACAUUUUCUUCAUGUUUGAGAUCUUUCUCAAUUUCCUGACCGGAAGGGUGUAUGGCGGGAGGUACCUUGACGGAUAUGCUUCUGUUGCCAAAAACUACGCUAGGAAUGGUCUGGCAGUUGACGUCAUGUCUGCUUGUCCCAUGUCCUGGAUGGAGUACUACCUCGUCCCGAACAAUGCGUUCAUCAGGUACCUGCGGUUGAUUCGUCUGCUGCGGUUGCUCCGCCUGCUCAAAGUCUUGAAGAUCUUCAACGUCCUUCGCAAGCUCUUUCACUUCCGCCCCAACGUCAUCAGGCUCUACAAGUUGGUGUUCGCCGUCUGUAUGAUCGGCCAUCUGAGCGGCUGCGCAUGGUGGCUGGUGAAGGUGCAGGAGGGGAAAGAAGUGCUGGACAAGUUCAAGCUUGUCCACAACAUCGAUCGCUAUGGAACCCUGGGAUCGCCUCUAGGGAGCAACUACAUCCUUGCUCUCUACUUCCAGAUGACAACGCUGUGUACAGUUGGUUAUGGCGACAUCUCCGCGUCGGAGGAUUCUGAGCGGAUCUUGAUGACGUUUAUCAUGCUGUUGGGAGCUUCGGUGUUUGCCAUCAUCAUAUCCAACAUGAGCACACUGGUUUCAAGUAUGCGAGGAACCGACGGGAUGUAUCUUGACCGCUGUGACAACAUCGUCACUUACCUGCGUUCCAACGCCUUCCCAGCGAAGCUCGAAAAGCAGAUCGGGAAGUUUUACGCUUACAAG